AUGAAAGCAGUUGUAAUACCAAACAAAGUAGAAGAAGCUCUCAGAGAUCCCAAGUGGACCGAUGCCAUAAAAGUGAAGAUGGAAGCGUUAAAGGAAAAUAGGGUUUGGGAUAUAGUCUUAUUGCCUAAAGGAAAGAAACCAGUGGAAUGCAAAUGGAUAUUCACAAUUAAACAUAAGGCAGAUGGGACAAUUUAUCGAUGUAAGGCAAGGUUGGUGAGAAAGGGAUAUACACAGACGUAUGGUGUUGAUUAUCAGCAGACUUAUGCUCUAUAG